UGCCUGAAGACGGUGGACCGACGCUCCAAUUCCAUUGACAGCCUGCGGACGGUGGGUCAUUCGCGCAGCGUCUCCCAUGACUCGUACUUUGACCUGCUGCAGUCCCCCCAGCGGGGACUCGUGACCACCUGCCCCUCGAGGGAGCUCUCAGAGCAUGGGCUCAAUUUCGAUCGCGAGGAGCCGGAGAUGCGCAUCUUUUCGGAGAGCGAAUCGCUGGUCAGUUCCCCGCGUGUGGGCAAAGAGAACGUCCCCCCGGCCUCGGGCUGCGCCACGCGCAGGAUAACGCGCGCCCGCCCCGAGGAGUUCUCCAGUCAGACGAACAGCGUGAAUCCCAGUCCCAAGAAGCAGCCGCGUCUCAAUCUAUUGUCUCCCUCGUCGGCCAGGGCCCUGCCUCUUCCAUUGCCAGCCACUGCCGUGGCGGCAGCGGCUCAACCGGGGCCGCAGCACCAUUGCGGCCACGAGCCAGCGGGUGCGGAGAACUGCUGCAAGCGCUACAAGCUGGAGGAUCAGCUCUGCGAUAUACAGUUUAUUGAUUGCGGCACGCCUGAGCAUGCGCCGACGGUGCAGCAACAGUUUGCCAGCGUGGAAGUGCAUCCGCCACCGAAGCCCGCUAGGUCGCAUGUGCCAGGACCAACAUCUCCUGCCUCGGCGCGGUAUAGCUAUCCCUCAGUGCAGUUGGGGGCCAAGCGAAAGGAGCAGCAGGCGGCCAAGGAGAGAUUUAGCUACCAGGGGACGUUCAUGCAGCAAGGGGGGAAGCCAGAGCAGACCCCACGUGCCGCAGUGCACAAUAACACGGUACCAAUGCGCACCAAACCCCGAGUGGAACUGCCGCCAGAUGCCACCGAUUCGCAGGGAAAGCUUUCGGUGGCCACACCCACAACGCCACAAAGAAGUCCACGAUACAGCCUGCUGCUGUGCGACACGGAGGAGAGCUCUGAGAACAGUUCGGCUGUGACCACACCCCAAUACGAUAUGGAGCCACUGAUGCGAACCUCAGCGAUGUCGGGCAUCUCUGGGGUAUCCUCCAACAUGCAGCAGCAGCUGCUGAUGGGAGGCGGUAGCUCUCAUGAGAGUCUGGGACAGCAUUUUAACAAUCACCAAGACCUGGAACAGCGUGAUAUGAAUGCCCUGAAACGAGAGUUGUCAUUAGAUUUGCAACCAGUGCAGCCACGCCUGCCGCAGCCCGCGAAUCGUGCGGCCACAUUGCCCGUGAAGGAACAACUGCAGGCAGCAGCAGCCGCUGCCUCGCCCAACAAUUCGAAUUUCACGGACAACACUAGUCAGUCGGUAACGCCCAGCGAAUACGGCUACCAGCAUUUGCAGCGGCAUCUCAGCAUGCACUCGCUGUUGGCCACAGAGGAGAGCUCCCCGGUGUACGAGGACUUUGAGCAGACGCCCAGCAAUGGACUGCACAAACUGGUGGCAGCCACAAGUCCCAUUAAGUCAACCAUAAGCAUCACCUACAAGUCCCCGGAGAAGGAGAAGCCCCAGCAGAAGCUGCUGGAAACCAACUUUGACGAGAAUAUCGUGUAUGAACAGGUGAAGCUCUUCCGCAAUUCGGUGACGGAAGUCAAUCAGAUGAUGCUGAGAGACCAGGAGACGCGGCCCGCCUGUCUGAAGCAGAUCGAGAAGGAGGAGCACGAUGUGUGUGCCAGCAAGGCGGAAGAGAUGACAGAGCAAUUGCUGCAAUUGGAAAAGGAGCAGCAGCAGCAGCAACAGCUCUUGGAGCAUCAGGAACUGACCGAAGAGGAUGAGCAGGAAUCCCAAUUGCUCUACGAAAAAAUUGAGCUACGAAAACCGAAAACAGUCUACGAAAAUCUACGUGGCGAGGAAAUGAAACUCAUUUUAGAGCCAGACCUCAAACCAAACGUCAACAGUGAUCGAAUCGAAUUGGAUAGUCUCGACAGUUUGCCCGACAACAUGGAACAGGAGCACGAGCUGCCAACAGAACUCCAUCUGGCACCAAUGCCAGCCAUGCCAGUCAGCAAAUCGCCAUCUUUCAGUGUCAAGGAGUUGGCCAAUAAAUUCGAGAGUUCACCCGUGGAGCAGCUGCCCAGCUUUGACUUUUCGGUGCGCGGCGGCUCCAUGAAGAAGCCAAAUGAGUUGAGUGUGCCUCUGUCCAUGCCCAAGGCCAUGCCCGCACUUGUCUCACUAAAGAAACUGAACAACGCACAGAAGAUCACGCGUUCGCUGGACGAGAAUGCCUUUGUGCGUGAGUUUGGGGGCAAACAGUUGCAGGAUCUGUCGUUGAGCAAGUUGCCAGAGCUGCCAGAAAUGAACAAUCGCCGCAAGAGCUUCGAUUUUACGCGUCCCAAGACUUUGAAUCCCCCAAAGAGGCUGCCGGGGAUGAGCAUCACCGAGGAGAUCUGUCAGAAGCGCGGCAGCGGCGGCGGCGAACCCGAACCGAUUUCCAUCACUCCCACCACAGAGAAUCGCAUUUCCCUCAUACAGAAUAAUGUACCCAAGGAUCAGCCAGCAUCAGCUACGCCGUUUCCCCCACCUGUCGGACGAAAGAGUGUGUUCGCGGGAGUGAUUCUCGAUCGCGAGCGCAUUGAGAAGAUCAAGGAGGAGCGACGCCAGCAGUGUAGACAGAAGUACCAUGGCAACACAUUGAAGUCGCGAUCCAAAACGGAACCCAACUCAACGAACGACAGUAAUUUCCCCGCCACGGAGUCGUUGCGCAUUAAAUCCAAGUCACGCGGUGAUAUGCACUCACUGCAAAAGGACUUGGACAUGAAUCUAAAGCAACUGGCCCGUGUACCGGGCGGUGGCUCUGAGAGCACACUACAUACAGUGCCCAGCGAUUACGUGGGGCAAGGAAAUGGACAGCAGGGACAACAGCAGCAGCGUGUGCGUAGCAUUUCCGAUGAGAAGAAUCAAAAUUGUGAUACCAAUAGUGGUGGUGGAGUUGCAGGUGGAGGUGGUGUUGGCACAACGCUUCUGAGUGUAAAAACCGCUGCCCAGAAAUACGGCAGCCAGAAGGCAGCUCCAUCAUCGUCAGCAUCGAUACCAUCGUCGUCGUCAUCGUCGUCUGGGCUGGUGCGUGGCCCACCGCCGCAGCCCCUGCCACGUGAGCGCAUGCCACAAAGGAAUUCGUUGGCAGCCGAGAUCAAUGCGAGCGCCAACAACAGAGAAAAGAUCUCACCACAAUUCUCAAUACGCGAUGUGAUAGCGAUGUUCGAAUCUCGUUCACAAAACCAAUAGAAUUUAAGGAAAGAACAAAACUUACCAACUAAAUUGCAUCGAAAUAAUGAGACAGACGGCUAUACCCCUUCUGCUAUAUAUAUAAUCACAUUUAAUAAUAGAUUCGGCAGCGAAUUGUAUAUGCUAUAUAUCUUAUUUAGUUUUCUAAAACAUGUACUUUUAAGCAUUGGAAAUUCU